AUGGAGGAGACACUUCGUCUGCAGUUCGGCACAGCCUCCACGACGAUCGGCACGCAGUGGUUAGCGUUGCAACAAGCCAAUGGAGUUGCCAAGACUCCACACCUGCUGGCCUUCGAGGCUAAAGGGCGCGUCAGGAGACAGACCCGAGCUGCACCCAAGCAACAGGAAGACACGACGACAUGGGGUGGAAAUGUGCAUGUAUACGACCAAUCGGGGGCGGAACCAGUGAAUGAAUCAAGCAACAACGGAUUGUGGAGCUGGGGCAGCCUCAGUGAGCACAACCUCGUGGAGGUGGAUGAAUUCCGUCCACACAUGCCGUUGCACAAUUUCUAUGAAGGUCACGCCGUUUCUAAUGGAGGAAACAUUGGCAACACGACGAUGGAACAUGCAGAAGAUCGAGUGCGAACUGUACUGGAGGCGUGUGAUCAGUUGCGACUGGUGCAAGGUCUUGUGGAUAUGGACUCGUCGUGGGGAGGCCUGGCGCAUGAGAUGAUGACGUACGUUGCUGAGGAGUGCCCUGGUGCAGUGAUCAUGGCAGUCGGCAACGACUGGAGUUAUCCGAUGGCUGCGGAUGACGAAGACGCGAUGUUUCGGGCUGAGCAGAACGCCCGAGAUCGCACGAAAACUGAGGCGAGGAAGCGAAUCAACGUGGCGUCGUCCGUGGCACUGUUGUCUGAAGUGUCCCAUUUGCUUGUGCCCGUCGCGAUGUCUUCGAACUCACUGCCAAGCGCAAGGUUUUCACAACUCGGACUGAACCGGUCGAGCUGCGGAGAAGUUGCCACUCUUGUUGCCACUGCACUGGAACUCGCAUUGUCAGCACAUCGAGGACAACCAGCAUACGAACUGUUAGAGGGAUUCCAAAUCAGCAGGAAGGUCGUCGAACUCGCUGCGUCGUUCCCAUACAUUUCGGAUCCGACGUUGGUGUUGCGUUGCAUUAGCGAAAGUGUCACCCGUGAAGUUGGCCGCAACAGCUCGACGCAAGAUCCAUUCCAGAACUUUUCGCUGCUUCCUGCAAUUCAGCAAGCAGUCAGAGACGAAGCUGGCAGCAACAAGACGUUCUAUCGACGUUUGCACCUCCGUGGAUCGUUCAGUAGCAACUCGUCGCUGCGGUCUGCCAUCGACACUUUUCCCGUGUCGCCACGCGAUGUUGCGUUGCGCUGGUCUGAUGCGUCUCCUCUUGAAUUGCCAGACACUUACCGCCUUCAGACACUACAGAGCUCGUCCGUCGAUGGCAUUUCUCAGUUGGCGUUGUCAAGUCGGACUGGCAAAUACUUGUCAACCUUGGCGCAACGUGUUGCAAAAAACGACAAGCGCACGUUAAGCAACAAAAACCUAUCCAGCAGCCACAACAAAGUGAAAAACCGCCGCAAGAGCCAAGUACAGCGAAAGGGGCCACUCAUUGCCAAGAGGCCCACGUUGCCUACCAAAGAAACGGAUCGAAUGUUCGGUGCCCGACGUACAGACUCGAGGCGGAGCGAAGGCGCUGUGCCCUUCAAUAGCCGCCGCAGCGUCGAGGAGGAUUCGUGGACAGAGGUGGAGCGACAAGAACUUGACCAUGCCACUUCCUUUGUGUCGGACAGUAUGUACCUAGUGAUGGAGAGUCCGGCUGGCGCUCUUUACAUGGGCGAAACGGUGCAUUUCAAGGUGCACGCACUGUGUGACCAGUCGACGCUGGGGAGAGCAGCGGCAGGAAUUGGUGGCAAGAAAAAAGUUGCAAAAGAUGAAAACGACGACAUGAUGCACGGAACGCUAUUCCUCACCAGUUACCGACUGCUUUUUCGCUCUUUUCAUCAUCACGAAGAGGAAUUGGUGGAAGUUCACUUGCAUAACAUUGCCGAGCUGGCAGAGUUUCGCGUGAAUGGGAAACUGGGUCCCAUGAGCCAACUGGAAGUUGCGUGCAAAAACUUCGAGUUGCUAAAGUUUAAUUUCCCUGGAGACGCAGCAUCGGGCGACGCCUACGUGAAAAUCAGCCAGAUACUGAUGGGCAAACUCGCGCCGGCCGCGUAUGUGUUCGCUCGUCAGCCAGACACUUCUGGGUGGGCAGCAUACGACCCUCAGGCCGAGUUCACUCGCUUGGGCUUCAAGACGCCAAAAAGUAGCGCACAGAUCGGCGGAUUCCGCGUCACACACGUGAACAAUAACUACAAAAUGUCUCCGACCUAUCCCAGCGCGUUUGUGGUGCCGGCAUCGGUGUCUGAUGGCGAGUUGCGCAAGAUCAGCUUCUUCCGAGCUCGUGGGCGUGUGCCAGCCGUGACAUAUCGCCACAAGAACGAUGCGGUAGUGGCGAGGUGUGCACAGCCACUUGUUGGACUGCGAAGGAAACGAUGCACCUCGGACGAAGCGUACAUGGCUGCUCUUCGACGAGAGUGCAAAGGAAAAUUGCUUUUCAUCGACUGUCGAAGCCAAACCAGCGCGUAUGGCAACAUUGCCUUGGGUGGAGGCUUUGAAGUGUUGGACUAUUACAAGGAAACCAACAUCAUGUUUAUGGGUAUUGAGAAUAUCCAUUCCAUGCGAGAUUCGAUCCGCAAACUCUUCGAUCUCAUCAAGAACGAAAUCCGCGGCAACGAACGACCAAACUGGUUAUCGUGUCUUGAGAGCACUCGGUGGUUAGAACACGUGCGCUCGAUCCUCGUGUCGUGCUCCGUCUGUGUGACGAAGCUCGUUGAAGGCACGAGCUUAGUGAUCCAUUGCUCGGAUGGUUGGGACCGUACCGCUCAGAUCACGGCUCUAGUGAAACUAUGUGCAGAUCCAUUCUACCGAACGAUAAAAGGAUUCCAGGUCUUGAUUGAGCAAGAGUGGUGCGCCUUUGGACAUCAAUUCCGUGCACGCUCGGGGCACACGGACACGCAAGCGGGUUACUGGGAAGAUGACAGCACGUCGCCUGUAUUUAUGCAAUUCGUGGACGCCGUGUGGCAACUCAUGCGCCAGUUCCCUUGCUCGUUCGAGUUCAGCGAGCGCUACCUCAUCGCUCUGCUUGAUGAAGUGUACAAUUUCCGGAAUCCGUUCUUCCUGGUGCCUCUAAGUGGCGGAGGAUCGAAGAGCAAAUCUCCAACAGUGCUGCAAUGCAAGUGGCAUACGAGCUCGUUGGCCAUCUGGUCGUCGUUUUAUCUGCGCUCGCUGGAAUCCAAUGACUCACGGGACGCAUGGGCCAAGGAACUACAAGUCACGCAGCGUGAACUUCAAGACCAGCUGAGUGCCGCACACCAACAGCUGCAGUCCCAAGUGGAGCAGAACUCGGAUCUGCAGAGUGAGCUGGAGCAGCUUCGACGAGAACGCGCACAGCUGGCCCGGUUACUGGAAGGUGAGGUGUACAGCGACACGUUGAACGGCUUGCUGGUGCACGAGGAGGACGAGGAGGAAGACGGCGUGUUGCUCAGUGUGACGCCUGUGGUCAUACUUCGACCCCAAGCGACACGAAGCUCGAUCGAUUGA